CCUCCCCCAUUCAAACUCCUCCAUUUUCAUCCCUACCCAGCUGCCAUCACCCACCACAAGGCCCCUCCUACCAGCAGCCAAGUCUGCCUAUCUUCCUCCUCUCCUCUUCCUCUUACAUUGUCAAUGGAAACCUCGAUUGCUUCUUCUCCCUCCAUUGAUAAACAAGAAAAAGUUGACCCAUCAAUACACCACAAUUUGGAGUCGAAAGAUCACACAAUGGAUGUUGAGAAACAUGUCACAGAUGUUGUAGUGACGGAGCAAAAAUCGCAGCAAGAGGGUGACACUUCAACACUUGGUAGUUAUGUAGGGCCAUCGACUAUACCUACUUCGACUUGUCCUCCAUACGAUUAUACGGAGCAUUUUACAACGGAGACGGUUUUUCCAUCCGAUGAAGCGUUGGUGGAUUGGAUAAGAUGCACUGGUAAACAACACGGGUUUAUCAUUGUGAUUAAGGGUUCUGAGAAAUGUAUUAAGAAUCGCGCACCUAGGAUGAUGUUUUCAUGUGAAAAGAGUGGUAAGUAUAGGCCGUUUGUGAAGAAAGUUGAUGGGAAGGAGGUAGCUGUAAAGAAGAGAGUGCGGUCCAUGGGCACCAAAAAAUAUGAAUGCCCAUUUGAAUUGAAAGCUGUAAAGGGCAAUGAUGGUUGGACUGUCUCUGUCCAUAAUGGCACCCACAACCAUCCUCCAGCGGUGUACUUGGAGGGUCAUUCGUAUGCCGGGAGGUUGUCGGCAGAGCAGACUAGCACGGUGGUUGAUUUGUCAGUUGCUUUGGUGAAACCCAGAGAAAUCCUAACCCAUUUGAAGGUUCAAGAUCCUGAGAACGUAACGUCUAUCAAACCGUGUACAAUGUACGACAAAAGUAUCGAGUGAUAGAGAAA